UUCGUUUGGUCGGAACUUGCUGCGAAUAUUUUGUCAUCGAAAGUGUUUGAUUUUCAAUUCAGUGAUCAAAAUAUGAAUAAACCGUGUAUUCUGUGCGGCAGUUGUGAGAACGACGAGGUGACCUUUGGCGAGUUUGAUAAGCAGGAAAAGAAUACUGUGCAUCGCAAUUGCUUGAUCCUAUGUGUGGGACAAUUUCUCCAGAGGGCCGAUCCCGGCUAUAGAAUGUGGAACUUUUUCAAGAAGGACUUGGCGGCUGAGAAGAAACGCAUUAGCUUGUUCGCGUGCUCGUAUUGCUAUCGCAUGGGCGCCAAUCUCUCGUGUUGCCACAGAGGCUGCAAGCGUAAUUUCCACACCAAGUGUGGCAUUGUUAAUAUGGGUCUUCUUCAAUAUGAUGGAAAAUUCAAUACAUUCUGUGGACAGCAUGUGCCGAAGACUAGCACUCGCCCUGAGCCGGGAGAGAAUUGUGUCCUCUGCCUUGCUCCGGUUGUGCCGGAUGGUCAAGAUUUUCGCUCGCCAUUGGCGUUCCAGGCACCGUGCUGCCACAAUGGAUGGUUUCAUCGUGAAUGCGUCCAGGAUCAUUCCAUUGCGACGAACUAUUGCUUCAAGUGUCCCCUUUGCAGGAACGAAGAUCGAUUCGAGGGGGUUGCACUGUUCGGUGUUGCCAUACCAAAGUGGCGCUUUGCUUUGCCCAAUCCGCCGGAUGCUGCUGUACCGCGCGAAAGCGUCAUUGCUGGACAACAACAUCGACGUGGCAGUGGACCACGCAUCAUUCAUACCCCACCUGUUAGGUACAGGGGACGUGCCCCACGCGUUCGCGUUAGAUCCCAAAAUUGAGAUCACACAACAUACACAAAACCCGGAGGAAAGUUGGAACACGGUACCGGAAUAAAUACCAACCACAAAAAAAAUACAACUGGAGCAACAA